AUGAUUCGUCUUUGGGCCGCUUCAGCCGCCAUCGGCGGCGCCGCCCGGUCAAUGUAUGACCUGGCCCUGGUGGCCAUUUUCAAGGAUGAAGCUCUCUCUUUGGUGGAAUGGCUGGACCACUACCUCAGAGAAGGCGUCCAGCAAUUUUAUCUUAUCGACCACAACAGCUCGGAUGUCAAGGCAUAUAACCAGCGCUUGAGUCCCUACGUUGAGCAGGGCCACGUGCAGAUUUUCUGGAGCUCAACGCCAAACUGCCAGAUCGACUGCUACAACAGCGUGAAGUGGAAAGUGCGGGGGGAGGCCAAGUGGGUCAUCGUGGUGGACCUAGAUGAGUAUGUGUACAGCCGGCCCGUCAAGGGAUUUCACACCAUUGCCUCGUACUUGGCAUCGGUGGAGAGUUCUGUAGAUCAGAUCAUCCUGCCCUCCAAGAACUUUGGCUCAUCCAGCCACCUGGCGCAGCCGCCCACACUUGUGGCACAUUUCUUGAAGCGCCAGAGGUUCCCUGAGAAGAUUUGCGGGCAAGACAAGGCCGGUACGAAGGCCAUCCUUAGAACGUCUACUCUCCGGGAUUUUCGGAUACACCGACACACCACAAGACUCUACACCAAUGAUACCUACUUGGGGGACGACAAGCAGACAACGUUCUGCAUCAGCGAGGAGGUCUUGUCAGAUUCCGCCCUCCACCUAAAUCACUACUUGGUGCAAUCGUGGCAGUUCUUCUGGAGGCGGAAGCUGCACAGGGGCCGCGUCUCCAAAAACAAGGGGGAGACUUGGAGCGCCAUGGGCAACCUCGAAAAGGCCAAGAAGCUCUUCCUCGAGCAGCUUCGCCUGCAAGAGGGGCGCGCCCACGAUGAGGCGCAGCGGCGCACAUCCAUGCCGGGCGUGCCGGCGCUGUCCGCGCCAGGUAUCCGAUUCACAGCCUCCGCGCCGUCGGUAAGCGCCUUAGGCUCCGCCGCGCGGAGCCUGCGCGAUGCGGUGAAGAGCCGCGAGGUCACAGCACAGAUCGUGGCUGAGGCAGACGCGCCAGUCGACAGAACAGCUGCGCUACAGCGAUUGGGCCAUGAGCUCAGGGAGUCGGAGGAGGAGAUGGAGGUCAUGCUCCUGGGCACAGCGCUGCCGACCUCCGAGCGGAAGGUGGUUACCUUCCGGAGCCCCACGGGGCCAAAGGGCGGCCCGGCGCAGCGCAGCGUGCGGGUGCCGCUGCCCAACGUGGAGGACAUCAACAGGCUGAUCAGCUCCAGGCGGGAACAAGAGUUAGCCGUGCCAGCGGCUGAUGAGCUGGUGAAGAUCCUGGAGAGGUUUCUGACCGAGGAGUUUGUGGGCAAGUCCGCAGAGCAUGUGGCCAUGCUCACCGCCUGGGGGCCGAAGGCCCUGGGUGAUAGCGAAGGCGAGUUCGGAGAAGUCGCAGCGCUCAUGCGCCUGUCCCUGAAGGCCUAUGAGGCCACACUCGAGGCGUCCAAAGCGAAUUUCCAGUUCGAGCUCACUCGGGCCGGUGAUGGCCGGGACUGCCUGGUCAUGCCGCCCUCGAACUUCGCCCUGCUGGGCCUGAAGGAUGCCUUUCACAUGCUCCUCAAGGGCUUCCGCGUGCUGCUCAUUGUGCAGCCUCGGUUCUUCCCCCACUUCCGGGAGGUCCAGCUGGGCUUGGCGGCAUGCGGCUUGCCAGAUGGCCUUGUGGAGGUGCUUCCUGGCAUUACUCCUGAAGCGGAUCCGGAAGUCUUGCAUGCAGCUUUGAAGCAGGUGGACCGACUACAGUUCACAGGCUCCUCGGCCAUGUUCAGGAGCCUGGUCGUCAAGGCCAUCGAGCUGGGCAACCUUCGCAUGGAGCACGCGGGCGAGGUCAGUGGCUUGAACAAGGUGCGCUUGGACGGAGUCUCCGUGACCCACCCUGCAGUGGCACAAGGGACCUGCUGGGCUGCCAUGGCGAACAAUGGAGAGCUGUGCACAUCAGCAUCUUUGGUGGAGUUUGACCCCGCAGUGGGAGACACACCGGAGAAAGUGAAGGAUGCCUUGCUGGAGGCGGAGAAGACUUUCAAGCUGGGCCGUGAUCCUGCGGAGCAGCUGGAUGUGCUGCUGCGGGAUGGCAAGGCGGAGCAGCUGGAAGUCAAGACGGAGGAUCCGGCGGAUGGCUUCCGAGAGUGGUGGGAGAAGACCGUUCUGGCGACACCCAGGGAUGGGCCUCUGCAGCUGAGCACCAACCAGUCUCUAGGCCACUGCAUCUACGCGCCCUCCAUGGAGCGCGCCGUGGAAGGCGCCACCGCGGAAGCCUCCAACUUGUACUUCGUUGGGGUGCCAGAGGACCCCUCAGCGGCCUCUGCCCGCGCAGGCACCACAGGGGCCAAGCUGCCAGAGAGCGUAUUUGGAGGUAUGAAGACCUACACUCACGCAGUUGCCGGAGAUCAUGAUGGCGUUGGCACAGUUCAAACCAUUUUUGACAACACGAAGCGACGUGGGGCAAGCUGGCGAGACCAGGAGGACGCCUAUGCACAGUACGAGCUGAGCGAAGUGGCCGAGAUGCUGUUGGAGUUUCUGUCCCCUCGGGACCAGCAAACCUUCAGCCAGCAGAUCUCCAAUGUUUUGGAGGUCUUUAGCGGCUUCAUGCCAGAGGCCACGGUGCCCUACCCCGGCCAGAGCCUGGUCAAUUCCGAGGGCCGCAGUCAGCUGGUGACCUUGCAGGCCCUGAGACCGACCCGCAAGAGCUUCCUGAUCCCACAGGGCGUGGGCUUGCCCGAGGACAUUGUCCGUAUGGCGGCCCUUUCUGCCAUGUCUCCCCUGAGGGAAGUGCCAGCAGAUUUGCACCUCCUCGGGGCUGCCCAGGUCGGCAAGCUCCGUGUCACUGAUCCUUUGAAGUCCUUCAUCAAAGUGGUGGAGAAGCAGCUGAAGUGGAGGGUGCACUACCAUGCCGACGCGGAGCAGAUGGUUGCAGCCCUUCAGCAUAGUGAGUACCCACCGUAUUUCUUCUGCGUGAAGGACCGCCGCCACCUGCCGAUAGAGGUGGUCAAGGCGGUUGCAGAGAAAGGUGGCUACCUCUAUGAAGGCUUGCCUAGCGAUGAUGCUUUCUCGCUCUUCCGGUGCAUGACCGCUUCCCAGGCUUGGACGGUGGCCUGCACCGAGGCAGAGGUCCAGCAGGCUGAGGAGCUGCUGCUGAAGAAGUGGCACAAGAUCGGCCUUCGAGAGGAGCCUUUGGAGGCGCCAGAGGUUGUCAAGCCAAAGCGCCGAGAGAUGGACAUCGGCGGUGGCUUCGGAGAUACUGGCCUGGCCCAGGACGACAGCAAGUGGCAUGAGCUUUCGGAUGACGAGGAGUCAGACGAGGAGGUGAGCCAACCUCCCAAAGAGCAAAAGCCUGGCGCCUGA